AUGGUUCGCAACGACUCGCGAUCCAAGCUGACAGUGGCAGCUGCCGCUCUGCUGCUCUGUGGCCCCGUCUCGGCAUGGCCACUGCCGCAUCUCGAGCGCGAUGCGCUUCCGUCGUUCUACGGCGCCAAGUCGCAGGGCCAGUCGCCCGAGUUUGGCGUGUACGGCACGCACGGUGCCGUGUCAUCCGAGGUGGACGUCUGCUCCAACAUCGGCGCCGAGCUGCUCAAAGCCGGCGGUAGUGCUGUCGACUCGGUCAUCGGUACGGCACUCUGCGUAGGAUCGAUUGCCUCGUACCACUCGGGUCUCGGUGGGGGUGGUCAUGCGCUGCUGCGCUCGCCCGUUUCGAGCGACGAACGCACCAACCAGCGCCGCGCCACCCACGCAGACGCGCACGCCAAGAGCGCCAACUACAUCCACGUCGACUUCCGCGAGAUGGCGCCCGGCGCUGCCACCGAGGACAUGUACUCGUCCAACCCGGUGCGCAACGCCUCGCUCUACGGCGGCCUCGCCGUCGGCGUCCCCGGCGAACUCAACGCCUGGUGGCACCUCCACCAAAAGUACGGCAAGCUCAACUGGGCCACAGUGUUUCAGCCCGCCAUCCAGCUCAACCGCAACGGAUUCAAGGUCACCACCGAGCUCGCCGGAGCGAUCAACACCACCCAGUACCCCUUCUUGUGUAGCGAACCGCUGUGGGGCGAGGUGUACUGCGCCAACGGCACUGCGGCAGGACUGGGCGAUACGAUCAAGAAGACCCGAUUCGCAGACACGCUCGAGUUGAUCGCCAACAAGGGUAUCAAGCCGUUCUACUCGGGUGAGAUCGCCAAAGACAUCGUCGAUACCAUCCGCAACAACACCGUGCUCAAGGGUAUCAUGACGCUGGAUGAUCUGGCCAAGUACAGCGUCGAGUUCCGCCAGCCGCGAUCCGUGUCGCUGCGCGGUGGCAAGUACAAGCUGUUUGGCACGGUGGCGCCGAGUUCGGGCAGUGUGGUGCUGUCCACGCUGCAGACCGUCGACCAGUUCCGCGCGGACGGUGAGGAGCAGCUGGACAACGUCAACGUCUCCACGCACCGAUUCAUCGAGGCCAACAAGUUCUCCUACGGUGAGCGCACCAACUACGGCGAUCCAGCUUACGUCAAGAACGUCUCGCGCCUCGAGGGCGAGUACCUCCAGCUCGGCUUUUCGCAGCAAAAGAAGCGCAAGAUCAAAGACGACCGUACCUUCCCCACGGCGUACUACAUUCCGGACAACCGCGAUGCCGAGGUGUUGAGCGACCAUGGCACGUCGGCGAUUACGGUGGUGGAUGCGGACGGUAUGGCCAUCUCGCUCACCACGACCAUCAACACCUUCUGGGGCUCGACGCUCAUGACGCGCCACGGUUUCCCGCUCAACAAUGAGAUGGACGACUUUUCGUCGCCCAACGCCUCCAACUUCUUUGGCUACCUCCCCACCGCCGCCAACUUUAUCCGGCCGGGCAAGCGGCCGCUCUCGUCCAUCUCGGCGGUGAUUGCGGAAAACGCGGCGACGGGCGAACUCAAGCUCAGCCUCAGCUCGGCGGGUGGGUCGAGGAUCAUCACCGCCGUAACGCAGGUGGCGUACAACGUGCUCUUCCGCCGCAAGGAUGCUCAGGAGGCCCUGGCCGAGCCGCGAUGGCACGACCAGUUGAGUCCCAACCAGACUACGGUCGAGAGCUUCUCGCCAAAGGUGCCCGGGUUUCAGGGAUUCAGCAACCAGACCGCUGCGUUUUUGGAGAGUGUCGGGCAUAAUGUGACGUGGACGCCUAUUGGAAGCUCGACGGCCCAGGCGGUGCAGAGGUUCGCAGACGGCAAUCUGCUCGCUGCUACCGAGGUGCGCCAGCUCGCCGCCAAGGGCGCCGCGUUCUAG